UUUGCCUUCAGGUGCUUCACUAUGUUCAGGCUCCUUCUCCUUGCUGUUUUGGUCCUUUACGGACAUUGUGAUGAACAAUUAAAGUUCUUAGAGGAAAAUGGACGUGUGGUCGGAGGAACAGAUGCAACAAAAAAUGCCUGGCCAUGGCAGGUUUCUCUUCAGUACCUUUCUGGAGGCUAUUGGUACCACACCUGCGGAGGUUCACUGAUCCGUACUAACUGGGUUUUGACAGCUGCCCACUGUGUGGACAGUCCUAAUACCUACCGUGUAUCACUGGGAGACCACAACAUUUACCAAGCGGACGGCACUGAGCAGGUUAUCGCUGUGGACAAAGUUAUCUACCAUGAGAGAUGGAAUACCAACCUACUGGCUAACGGAUUUGAUAUUGCCGUUCUUCGUUUGGCUUCUCAUGCUUCCCUGAAUAACGCAGUGCAACUGGCUCAGCUCCCUGCAGAAGGUGUUGUCCUUGCUAAUGACCAUCCCUGCACAGUCUCAGGAUGGGGUUAUACCAGCACAACUGGAUCAGUAUCUGCUGUCCUCCAGGAGGCCCCUCUGCCUGUAGUAAGCCAUGAUAUCUGCUCCACCAGCUCCUAUUGGGGCAGAACUGUGAAGACCAGCAUGGUAUGCGCAGGCGGAAAUGGAAUCCACUCUGGCUGCUUUGGAGAUUCUGGUGGCCCCCUUAACUGCCCAGUCAAUGGAGGUUACGAAGUUCAUGGUGUAACCAGUUUUGUGUCAUCUCUUGGUUGCAAUGCCUACCUCAAACCAACAGUGUUCACCAGAGUCUCGGGUUACAUUAGCUGGAUCAACGAUAAUAUCAACGCCAACUCCUAAAACAUUCCGAAUUCAUUUGUGGUGUGGAUGAAACUGACUCUAUACUCUUAAAGUGAAAACAUUUUAAAUAAAGUAUACUGUCUCAGAAGCUA